UCUGUUUGUGCCAUUCGUGAAUAGAAAUCGCUCAUAUUCAACCUGAAUCGUAUGCGAACAUUACGUGGGCUGUUUUCGAGUUACGGACAUUAUUUCUUCAGCGCAGUUUCAUUCGCGUUCCUUUCCAUUUAAAUUGCCUCACGCACACACCGAUUGUGUUGUUUCUGUCGUGGGAGUCAAGAACAUAUCUACAAUAGCCAAUGGGAAGCAGCCCUGCUUGCAGUCAAUAGUCUCAUCGUAUCAUUCGGAUUGUGUCUAGGCCUUUACGAACAAUGGAUUUCAUUAUGGGGCAAGAGGAAUUAGUAAAGGACGUCGACAAUACGCCUCCCAUCGAAUCUGACGAAGAUGACAUGUACGGUUGCUUAUUUCGCUCAGUGGCAUGUGUCAUGAAGCGUCGCCGUCUAUAUUUCGCCGUCCUGCAUCAGAAAGACAGUAUUCCACACCUGAAAAACUGUUGUAUGUUCUCAACAGAUAAUGUACUGUAUGAAAAGUUUUUCGAUGAUUUCGGCCCAGUACAUUUAAGCGCCGUGUAUCGUUAUUGCAAGAGUUUAAACGAAAUGCUCGAUGAACGAGAUGUAGGUUACUACCGAAUCUUGCACUAUACAUCACCAGAAACGCCCAAGCUGCUUAACGCAGCAUUUUUGAUGGGCAGCUACGCCAUCAUUUAUCUUCAGCAUACUGCUGAGAGUAUCUUGCGAACGUUGCAUAUCCAGUCGAACAGACUUGGCAAAUUUUGCGAUGCGUCACAGCAUGGCCCUAGCUACCUGAUAUCAUUAUACGACUGUUUGUCCGCGAUAGAGAAAGCGCAUUCUAAAGGCUUUUUCUAUUUUGCGGAUUUCGACGCCUAUGCCUAUGAGUACUAUGAAAGGGUCGAGAAUGGUGACCUAAACUGGAUUGUGCCGGGAAAAUUGUUGGCCUUUUGUGGUCCUCAUAAAGACUCGCGCGUGGAAAACGGCGUGCAACUGCAUGGUCCGGAAAAGUAUAUUGAAUACUUCCACUUAAAUAACGUGACCGCUGUCGUUCGGCUAAACAUGAAGAAAUAUGAUGCAAAGAAGUUCACUGCUGAAAGGAUCAAUCACUGUGAACUGUAUUUUGUUGAUGGAGGAGUUCCGACCAACAUGAUUUUGCGUCGCUUCCUUUCAUUUUGUGAGAUGGAAAAGGGUGCCAUUGCUGUGCACUGCAAGGCCGGACUCGGUCGUACUGGAACUCUCAUUGGAGCAUAUAUCAUAAAGCAUUUCAGCUUCAGUGCACUGGAAGCGAUCGCUUGGUUACGCAUUUGCCGACCGGGGUCGGUUAUUGGUCAACAGCAAACAUGGCUACAGCAUUCUGAAUCGUUCUUGUUUGCCGAAGGAAAAGCUUACAGACAAAUGCAUCCAUCUGCCAACCGGCGAAGGCUUCCUUAUGGAAUUUAUAGCAUUAAGAAAAAUGCCAAUCCUUGGAAUGCUGAUGCACUGGUAUGCACUGAAGGUUCUCAUUCAACCCGUGAUCACGUUGGAGUUAUCUUCCCGAAAAAUGACGUAUUGCAAUGUACUGAUACUACGGGUGCAACAAAUAAUCGAAUAAACAACAACGUGUUGGUGAAUGACGAUUCUUGGCAAACUGUCGUCGACGCUGAUGAUCCGAUGCAGAACGUCGUCGUCGAAAAUAUUGGUCACGAAUCCGGUUUACCCACUCAAGGUGAUCAAUUGAAUAAAAUUAAAGCGAAUCACCGGCGUAAUGCACAACAAAGAUGACAAUAAACUCAAAAACCAUUAUACUUUUAACGAAAAAACCGAUUCCACUAAUACUAUCUGAAGAUACAACUCAUAGCUAUAGUAACACAAAUAUUUGCUGUUAUAGACUCAUAAUUAGAAUAUUUUUUCUAAUGUAACAUCUUUACCGCCAUAAAUACGGCCCGGUCCGUUCUCCUAAGAAAAACACUUCUUAACAACGAUGUAUUUGUAUUUUUUCUAAUAUGUUGUGUUUUGCAAUUUCUUUAUUUACAUUAAAUGCUUCUGGCACACUUGGACAUAAACUGUGACAAACUAACCUAAAGUAUUGACAGUGAUGUUGAUUCUAAAGUGAGUUCUUUAGCCACCAAAUCGUAUAAUCCACAUCGCACUUCUAGAUUAAAAUUGAAGAAAAUUCUAGCAACCCGUACGCAAAACAAAACUCUGGACGCUCAUUUCUCACGGCGCUAUCCUAAACAGCAUAAACAAAAGCACGACAAUCCAUUGAACUAUAGGGAGGCAAUGCUGUACCAUGAGCCAACUGCUUGUGUGACAAUGGAUCGAUUCAUGGUAAAGCAAAUAUCAGAGUGGCAUAUUCAAAAUGGGAUAUUUGAGCCGAGCGAGAGUAAUCUCAGAGCAACGCAUUCUGAAGAAUUUAUGAAAGUCGACACAAUGACGAACAACCCAAAUGAUUCGAAAAAUGUGACUAAACCGAUAGUUAACCCAGCGAUGCGCUUUAACAAGAAGCAGGGCAGCCCGCUCACUCGAAAGGACGAUGUGAAGUGCAGUGGCUUUUCUGCUCGAGGUGAAACUUAUAUGAACCAUGGGUAAGUGAAUCUAUACAUCAUAAGUAACAAGUCAUAUCAAACAUUUAUACUUUAGUACCAAAAAGUUAGACGCAUGUAAUAUGUUUCAUACAUUCCGUCAAAUAAGUACCGGAAAUUUGUGUUUUUAAAGCAAAUGCUUUAUUCGAUGAUUGAUUUUUUUAUGGCGUUAUGUUUCUACGCAUGUCACUCUGGGGGGCCACACGGUGCAUAACAGUAACGUAACAUAACAAAAUUUGACACUUAAUCGAUAAGCAUGUGUCAAUAUAAUAAAAAUGCAUAGUUAAAAUUAAAAAAAACUUCACAAAUAAGAACUUACAUUAUCCUUACGUUUGUAAACAAACGCUCGUUGUUACGUGUUAUGUUUUACAGGGUCCGCUGAGCCACAAAGUUUUUGACACAUUCUUAUCGUUUAAGUGUCAAAUUUUGUUAUGUUACGUUACUGUUAUGCACCGUGUGGCCCCCCAGACUCACUUAUGUUGAUUCGGCCAUUUUGAGUAAUCAGUCAAUUUUUGACAGCUGUUUUACUGUGCACGUGUCUUGGUUCAUCGUCGAUUUUUCUCUGCUCCAAAAAAUGGAUGACAAACUUUAUCAACUUUUGUGUGAAAAACGAAAUUAAGAGCUCGGACGCAAUCGAAAUGUUGACUGUGGCUUAUGGAGAAGCUAUUAUAACCAAAAGCAGCGCUUAUCGGUGGUUAAAAAUGUUUUCAGUGGGCCGAGAAGAUGUGAACGACGAAGAGCCAAGCCGAACGUUUUGUUGACAGUUUUCUUCGAUUGCAGGGGCGUGGUGCAUCAUGAAUUUGUGCCAAAGGGUAGAACGGUCAAUUAAGAAUAUUACCUGAAAGUUAUGUGCAAUUUGCGCGAAGCAAUCCACUACAAACGCCUGGGUUUGUGGGAAAACAAAAAUUGGCUCUUGCGCUACUGCUCAGACAUCGUGGUUUCGAAUUUUUAGCCAAAACAACAUUUACUUUUGGAGUAGACAAAAAUCGAAGAUGAGCCAAAACACGUCCAAACAAAACAGCUGUCAAAAAUUUACUGACUAAUCAAAAUGGCCGAACUUGUCACCGUAAGUGGAUGACAUGAGUAGCAACAUAAAGCCACAAAAAAAAUCGAAAAUCGGAUAUACAUAGCCCGAGUAAAUGAAAAUUUAUCAGAACUUUUUUAACACACAUCGUACAGUUCUACAACGCAGCCUGGGUUCGAAUCCCGGGACCGGUUGUUACGCAACCGGCCAUGGUUUCCAUUCCCGAUACUGGCGUGAUUGGGUGGUUGGCGCGGGACCAACAACCCCGCUCGUAAAAACUAACCGUUACUGAAAGCAUCAGAGAUUAACAUUGUCUCUGGUGCAGGCUAAGACCGCUCACCGGUU